UCUAGAUUAUUUUUAAUUGCCUUUAUUUUAUUAUGAAAGUUAUGAUAGAUUUACGAAAGUUCAAGCCAUUUAGAUUCAUCCAUUGAUACUAGUUUAAACAGCAUAUAAAAUGUUAAUAUCCUAACAUUCAUCGAAGAUAGUAAUAUUUCGAUAUGGGUAAGAAUAAAAUGAUAGCGAAAAGCUGCCCAAAAUGUGAGAUGCAGGUGGCUGUAGCUUCGAAGUCUUGUAAAUGUGGUCACACAUUCUUCUCAGCCAGAAAAGGGGCUGAUUCCCUGCCAGCAUUAGAAGAUAUCAAACGCAGGACAGGUCGUGUGAGACGCUCCCAGCCACAGUUCUACGAUGCCCAGCAUUACCAGAAGCAGAAGAGGAAGAGUCCAAAGAAAAGGAUUAUAUCGAAGACAUACAGCGAUGACGAUUAUAAAGGGAAAGGAAAGAUUGAAAGUGCUACAGCCAGGGCACGGAGACGGAGAGCUCUGCGUAGGGCACAACGUGAACCAACAACAGAUAGAACACGGGAUCCGACACCACAGCUCCGUCCAGCUCAGCUGGCCAGGUGUAAAUUAAUACUACUCGAAAUUAACAGGAAGAUGAGAGCGGUCACCUGGCAGCCUCCGGGAGAUUUGUGAUUGCAAAUACUUAAACAUUGCACCAACCUGCCCAAUCACCCAAAAUCACCAUAAUUCAAUGCUACACUUGAUAUUAAAAUCAAUAUUACGUUUCCAAUAUCACCAUUAGAUGUUUAAUUUUGUUUAGAUCCCAUCACGUGAGGUUUGUCUGUAUAUACUGGGGAACUUAACGUUCGUUUAGCUUCGUGAAAAUUCUUCGCGGUCAUUGAUAUCUUGUUUGUUAACAAAGAAAAAAAAAAACAACUAUUUUUUGUCCAUGAUUUAAUAAAAUACUGAUUGAUA